AUGCAUGCGUCAGGUGACAUGGUCAUGUUGGCCACAGCCGUUGUGUACAUUAAUGAUGCAGCUGGAUAUCCUCAGCCCUGUAGAGCACUACUGGACUCAGGAUCACAGGUUAAUUUUAUAACUGACGCCUGUGCCCAAUUUCUUGGAUUGUCUAAAACAAAAUGUUUUCUACCACUAGUUGGUAUCAACUCAAUGAGGUCAGAUGCACAGAAAUUGCAACCAGUUUUUAUGUAUUCUAGGUUUGAACAUGUCAACGUUUCACUAGAUCUUCAUGUACUUCCUUCAAUCGUCAAUGAUAUGCCAUCUCGAUCAAUACGUUUAGAUCAGUCAAAGAUUCUGGAUAUUGUUAAUGAACAAUUGGCUGAUCCAAGCUAUGAUACACUAGGCAAGGUAGAUAUAAUACUUGGCGCAGAAAUGUUUUACACACUUUUCAGUGGAGAAAUGUUGCCAUUACAAAUAGUUUAG